GCGGAGCAGAUACAAGUUUGCGAGGACUGCGAGCCGCCCGGCGGGCGUGCUUGCUGUCACUAGCGGCAGAUCAAACUUUCUAGGUUGUUGCUGGCGACUAUUUUUAGUCUGUCUGCAUGUGCCUUUCGCGUUAACAACGCAAUCAAGCUCCUCGAAACACGCCUGGGCAGUCAAAAGAUUCACUGGUGGCUUGGCGCAGAUGCCGCGUCACCGUUCCUCACAUGAUGCUCUGCGAGACAAGUAUGCAUCGAAACGAUGGUUGGCGCGCAAUCCGCAGCGAGAUUCGCCGGUCGAGGGAACCCACAGAAAACUUAGACCGAUGCGGACGAAACACCAACCGAACGAUGACGAUUAAUAUAGAUAUCGAAAAUUGCAGACGCGUUGCCAAGAGGUUCAUGCGAUUAUAUGUCGCUAGCAGGUCCGCUGUUGAGACUAUCUGCGAUGUGAAUUAAACAGUGCAAGUCGCCUUGAACCACGAAUAUAUCGAUCACAAUGUGCGCGAAUGCUCGUCUGUCCCUACUCAUAUGGCUGCUGCUGGUGAUACUUGCGUUGCCGCGAACAUCCUCUGCCUCAAUCGGCGAGUGUACAAAUACAACGACUCGCGUCGAAUGGCGGCAGCUGUCCUCCGUCGAUCAGCAGCAGUACAUCGACUCUGUAUUAUGCCUCAAGACUAAGCCAUCACGGAUCGGGCUCAACUCUUCCCUCUACGAUGACUUCACUUUUGUUCAUUUCACUCUAAACAACCAGAUACAUUCUAGUGCAGUCUUCCUACCUUGGCAUCGGUACUUUACAUUCCUCUAUACAGGUGCGAUCCGAGACUGCGGCUACAAGGGGCCUAUGACAUACUGGGACUGGACUCUCGAUCUCCUCAAAAUGCUUCAAUCUCAAGUCAUGGCAUCGGAGCUCGGCUUUGGCGGAACGGGUAGCCGAAAUCGUACGAAGCAAAUGCCCGACGAAGCCGCUCCCUUCUAUUGCGUCGACGAUGGCCCUUUCUGGCAACUACGUCCGAGCUGUAGAAUAAGUCUGGGUAACAGAUUAAAGUUCGAUGAGCAUUGUCUUCACCGCGACGUCCAAGAGAGAUCAGAUUCCUACAGCGGGAGUAAGAUUGCAAACAUUCUGCAGGAGCGCGAUUUUCUUUGGUUCUCACGACGAUUGGAGACUUCGCCACAUAAUACAAUUCAUUCGACGAUCGGCGGAGAAAUGGGCCCUCCGACAUCACCGAACGAUCCACUCUUCUUCUUGCAUCAUUCGCAGAUCGAUCGCCUCUGGUGGCUGUGGCAGCAGAUGAACUUGACUGCACGCUAUAACGACUACUCCGGUGAUGUAAGGAACUCCAAUGGCUCAUACAGUGAUAUGCAAGCAUCGCUUUCCGAUCUUCUUCAAAUGAAUGGAUUGGCACCGGACAUCUCUGUGAAAGAGAUCAUGAAUGUCUCAAGCCCGCCAUGGUGCUACCAAUAUUAGACUUGGAUUAUGUCCCGUCGAUGUGCGGAUGUACAAAUCAAGUAGAUCUACGUUUGCUGCGGUGGAUUGAUAUUCAGGUGGUUCCCGACGACUUUUGGCAAAGGGGGUUUUCUGCUUUGCUCAGUGAAAUAUGUUAUGCAACGACAUACGAAAGACACUGGUCGGUGAUCAAGCGAUACAAGACUACCAACCACAUUUUUAUACAAGAUUCAAAGACGCUUCAAAUGUGUUGAGAUGACAUUCAUCCCCGACGUAUCUUUUUUAUUUCAUGAGCCUAGCU